AUGUCUAUGGCCACAGCUAGCACGACAAUACCGCCUGCAACUAAUAAUGCUUCAACUAAUGGUAGCGGGACAGUCAUUGAUACAAGUAAAUUGAGAAAUAUGUGGGAGACGGCGUAUAUUGUAGCUUUUUGCGAUAAAUUUAAAAGUGCACUAAGAAAUCUAGAGUUUUGGCCCGAGGAGUUCGAGCGGACGCUCUAUAGUUCCUCAACUGAUGAAUUGUUGGAGGAAAUACACUGUGCAUUUUUGACUAAUGUCUUGAAUAGGAAAAAAGCUGUCGAGCGAAAUACAUGGAAGAAAUUUUUAACAGAUACAAUUGAUCAACAUUUAAAGAAGCGUUCUGAUUUCUAUCUCGACUAUAACCCGAUGCGAAGAGUAAAUAAUCAUAAUUAUUAUGAGCUUAGAGUCGAAGAUAGGGUGUUGAUAUUGUACAGUCUUGUAAAUUGGCAGCUAAGAGAAUCAAAAUCAAUUCGAGAUCUUAUUGAUUCACAUUAUAAAAAUCGUCAUAAAACCGAAGCCAUGAAUCCUUUGCGAUUAGAAAUGAUUGGACAAGAUCGCAAGAAUGCAAACUAUUAUUUUCUUGGCAAUUCCCCCCGGAUAUAUCGUGAGAAGUAUCCCAAACCAGGAAUUCCAAUAACUCAUGAAAAUGUAGAAUGGAUCGCCGUAACAACUACACUAGAGGAGAUAAAAAGCUUAGUGGAUGACACCAAUCGGCUUAAACCAACAUCUUUCACAAAAGAUAGGGCGCUAUAUGCAAAACUAAAAGAUGAUAUUAUUCCGCGAGUUGAGGAAUUGGUGCAGGCUAAAGAAAAAAAAGAUGAAAGACGUCGAAAACAAGAACGAAUUGCUCAGAGAUUUGCAAUUCUGCAUGCAAAUGCAACUGUUUACGAAACACGAACCCGUAGUGCAAGUAGAAAAGCAGGACUUAAUACACCAGAAGAUUCUGUAUCAAUACGGAAGAAUAGACUUCAAAAUGAUUACAAAUAUUCACCAUAUUUCCCAGCGAGCGCUCGGAGAUUAGGAAAAAGAGCAGUGCGAGAAGAAUCUCAAGCAGGUUCUGUAAUUAGUAACCAUAAUACAACAAGCAUAGAUGUAAUAAUGCAAGAAGCAAAUGAAGUUCAACAUACAGUGGAAGAACUAUCGACACUAUCAAACACUAGUGAAUUCACUUAUGAUAGUGCUGAUAAUGCACCACUAACAAGUCUAGAAAAUAUUACAAAUGGACAAAUUGCGAUAGGUCAUAAAACAACAACAAAUGAUGACUAUACCACAUACAAUGCGAUUACACCCAAUGGAAUCGAACAAAGUAAUAAUCAGCACACAAAUGGCACCGCAAUUUCAAUGCCAAUCAAAAUGAAUGGCGCGCACGACAUUGCAGCAACUCCAUCAACAUCAAAAUCUGCUUCUUCUAUAGAAAUAUCAGAUGAUACCGGCACCGAGUCAAUGUUAAUCGAACAAGAACUUUUUGGCAAAGACUCUGAUACAGAUUUAUCAGACAUUUGGGAGAGUAGUGAAGAUAGUAAGUGGGAGAGUGAAAAUGAAGAAGAAAGUGAUUAA